AAAAUUGUCAAAACAUUUUUAGUUUGCCAAUACAUUUGGUUGUUUACAGUGUUAGACGCGACGCUAAAACGAAUUCCUGACUGUUCAGUGUUGGUUUAUGCUAUGAGGAUUUUACAGUAAAGGAGUCUUUUAUUUAUUAAUUAUGAUAACUUUCUAUUUGUUUUGUUAUACCAAAAUUUCUACCGGUUGAAAUUUUUAUAUUACGUUUGACAAUGGCCCAAUCUGGAAUAUUGAAGAGAAAGUUUCAACGAGAAAUUGGCGGAUUGAAUACACGCCCAUUUCAACAAGAGCUCCAAGUAAUACCAGAUUUUAUCCAGAGACUUGGACUAGAGAAGGAACUACAGGGUCACCAUGGAUGUGUUAAUUGUUUAGAGUGGAAUGAACAAGGAACGUUGUUGGCCAGUGGGUCGGAUGACUUGAACGUGAUUCUGUGGGACCCCUUCCGAUAUCGCAGUAAGACAACAAUCAACACAGGUCACCAGGGAAAUAUAUUUUCUGUGAAGUUUUUACCCAACACCAAUGAUUCCAUCCUUGUAACCGGGGCUGCUGACUGUAAGAUCAGAGUAUUUGAUCAGAAUGUCAACGAGAACACACACAUUUUCUCCUGUCACAUCGGACGCGUGAAGCGUCUCGCCGUGGCUCCCAAUGUACCGUUCAUGUUCUGGAGUGCUGCAGAGGAUGGGACUGUCAUGCAGUUUGAUCUCCGAAGUCCGGAGUCGAGUCAGUCCAAUGCAAGGAAUGUCAUUGUGAACUUAAACGCUCACAUGGGGCAUAGUGCGGAGGCAAAGUGCUUGGCCAUAAAUCCUCUGCGGCCGGAGUACCUGGCAGUCGGCGCUAACGAUCCUUAUAUCAGAAUGUAUGACCGGCGCAUGCUGGUGUGUCGCAGCCUGAAACUGCCACAGGAAACGACUAACAGAUCUCCGUGGUCCUGGGAGAGGUCCAGUCCAAUGGUCCCUGCCUCCCCAGAUGAAUUCCCCAUUCCUCAUGAUGCAGUCACUUACUUCAUAGCAGGUCACCUGCCCCAGAAACAACAGGACUACAAGAAGCGCUACAGAACCCUGGCGUCAACAUAUCUGACCUUCAGUCCUGAUGGCCGGGAGUUACUGGUCAACCUCGGCGGAGAACAGAUCUACAUCUUUGACAUCAACAGGAACAGGAAGGCAGAAAAGUUUGACAUAUCCAUGGUUCUGGCUGCUAAUGGCGUUGUUAAAGAAGCUGGCACCAGUAAUGGCUUCCACUUGCACUCUCACAAGAAUGGUGCUUCUAACGGGGUGACAAACGGCGUCUCCACAGGAGUGUCGGCUGCUGCCGCGGCGGUGAUGAAAGCGGAGAUGGAAGUGGAGGAGAAACACAGAGACUCCUCCGCCAAAAGGAGGUUAAAAACGUCCACAAGUGCCAAACCGAUCCCCCCUGCUGUGGAAGUCAUUAAGAAAAAAGCUAACCGUUACUUUGAAUUGGACCAGUGUUCCAAGGCCAUUAUCCUGUACAACCAAGCCAUACAGAGAGCUCCGUGGGCAUCAGUGCUCUAUGGCAACAGGGCGGCAGCUUUUAUGAAAAGGAAAUGGGAUGGUGAUUUGUACGCCGCUCUUCGAGACUGUCACAGUGCUCUACACAUUGACCCAAACCAUUUAAAAGCUCACUUUCGAUUGGCCCGGUGUCUGUAUGAGCUCUCUUGGCCACAGGAAGCUUAUGAUUGUCUGCAGCAUUUCAAGCACAAGUUUCCUGAUUAUGCAAAAAGUAAUGCUUGUGAGAGCUUGGAUAAGGAUAUCAAGGCAGCUAUCUACUCCAAGACAGACUCAGGAGAGGAGAAAUCUGAGUCCUCAUCAGAACCUACAGAUUUUUAUCCGGGAAAAAGGGGUGUGUCGAUCUCUGAUCAGGAGGCUUGCUGGCGAGCCCUGGCAUUAGAUUACGAGGCCCGAUUUUGUGGUCAUUGCAACACUACCACAGAUAUCAAGGAAGCAAAUUACUUUGGCAGCAAUGGUCAGUACGUGGUUGCUGGUUCCGAUGACGGGUCUUUUUUUAUCUGGGAGAGAGACACAGCAAACAUUGUGAGAGUACUAAGGGGAGAUGACUCUAUUGUAAACUGUCUCCAGCCUCACCCCACCCAGUGUCUCCUCGCAACGAGUGGUAUCGAUCCUGUUGUCAGGCUCUGGAGUCCCAAAGCAGAGGACGGCACGAAAGACGAGCGAGAAGUGGAUAAUUCGGAUGACGCAGCUCUAGCCAAUCAGAAGAGAAUGAACGCUGACCCGUUGGAGGUCAUGUUGAUGAACAUGGGAUACCGGAUCACAGGAGUGUUUGAUGUGGAUGAAGAGGAACAGAACAAUAAUGACCAGUCUGUUCAAUGUCGUCCCAGUUAGGUCAAGGUCAUUGUGAAGUGUAGCGUGAGACAGUGUCAUUUUUAACCUAGCUAUGAGAAGGAAUUCCUGAGUGUUCAAAAGUGUGAUUUAUAGAGAGACAGAUUUGAUAGGUUGUUGAGGAGUGCAAGGGAUGUGUCAUGAUAAACUGCACUUGUUAUACAUGAUGAAUCAUGAUAAUUAUUAUUUAGUGAACUGAAGACUUAAGAAAUUAUAUUUUUUGCACAAUAGUCUCACAUGUAUUAAGCAAAAAUAUAAUAGUUUUGAUUUAAGUGAGAGUUUACAGAUGAACUGGUAUUUUUUGAAAACUUUCCACAAUUCCCAAUUUCAUUCAUUUAUGUUCAUGUACAUAAAUCCUUACCAUUUUACUUCUAAUGAAUGCUUGUUUCAUUUGCUGACAUUUCCUGUGUAAUGCUUAAACUACAGCAUCACUUAUGUUGGUUGUGUUUAAGUACCUGUAAUCAAUGACCAUAUAUGCUAAAAGCUGCAUAUAGUACAUAAAUUACAGUUACAUAAAUACAUUACAUCAAAUACCGUUACAUGAAUUACAGUUACAUAAUUACAUUACAUCAAAUACCGUUACAUGAAUUACAGUUGCAUAAAUUAUAGUUACGUAAAUUACAGUUACAUGAAUUAUAGUUACGUAAAUUACAGUUACAUAAAUUAUUGUUGCGUAAAUUACAGUUACAUAAAUUAUAGUUGCGUAAAUUACAGUUACAUAAAUUAUAGUUACGUAAAUUACAGUUACAUAAAUUAUAGUUGCGUAAAUUACAGUUACAUAAAUUAUAGUUGCGUAAAUUACUUCAUUUCAAAGAAAUUGUAAUGAAUAGACAAGAUAUGAUUGAAAUUGACCGGGUCACCUUAAACAAUUCUAUAAAUCAUAAUUAAACAUUGAAAAAUCUGUUCCAAAUCAAAAACUUUGAAAUUGAUAGCAUAUGUUAAGUCAUAGUGUAUUUUAAAUCAAAACAAAAUUAACACAAGCUAGAGAUUUUGUGAAAUGGAGCUUGCGAUGUUUUAUUUUCAAAGAAACAUACUUCAAAUGAAAUUUUCAGAAGGUAUGAGAACCUCAUCAUCGGGAAUAUUUCUAGCCGUGAACCAGACAUUUAAUGUUUCUUGCCGUCAACCAGACGUUUAAUGUUUCUUGUACGUAAGAUUACCUUGGUCACGAAAAUUAGUUGCCGGGAACCAUUUCAUUACUAGUAAAUAGCGAAAUAAAGUCAUCGCAAAUAAAAGCCGUUUUACAGUGUAUUUAAUGACAAAUUGUUUCAAUACAUGGUAUUUCGUCUCUGUAUAUGCUAUAAGUUUUUAUUAUUCAAUGUUUGCAUGAUCCGAUGUUUUGUUUGAAAAUAAAAAAGCUAGAAUCUUUAAAAAGAAGUAUUUGGUAUCUGUAAUGUAUAUUCAUGAGACAGUCAUUUCAAACAUCUGUAAUGUAUAUUCAUGAGACAGUCAUUUCAAACAUCUAUAAUGUAUAUUCAUGAGACAGUCAUUUCAAACAUCUGUAAUGUAUAUUCAUAAGACAGUCAUUUCAAACAUUUGUAAUGUAUAUUCAUGAGACAGUCAUUUCAAACAUCAAUGGACAUGUAUAUAGAAGUAGGAACCUUUUGAUGUAUUUGAGACUGCACUUAUCAGUGUAGAAUGGUUUAUGUGGUGAUUAAUCUGUCAACUUGGAUGACUACAUUUUUGUUUUGUUACUCGAUGUCUCACAAUUUACAUAGAAGUGAUGCACAGAAGUUCUACCAUCAACAAGCAUAUGUAUGCUGCUAGAAAACUAUACUAUCAUAUUUAAAAACAAAUGUUUUCAGGUAUUCAAUUUUGAGGAAUGUGAUAAUAACUCCGUAGAGAAAUUCAACUGCAUUAGAAUAAUGUAAUUCUUUAUUCCUAGGAAGAAAUGUAAUAGGCCAUACACGCUUUAAUUACUGAGAGAGACAAUUACAAACGUUAGCUACAAAUAAACUACGGUAGCAUCUGAGCUUCCCAAAACGUUGAAAGUGGACAGUUUCAGGAUUGUGUGUGAGGGCAUAUGUGAUGUAGCAUAUGUACGAGUGUCAUGGAUUGCCAGGUGAAGUUACUGAUGAGAGGUUUCUGCUUGCCAUAAGUAUUAUUUUUCAUCAUGUGAUAAUUUAUUCUAUUUGUUACGAAAUCAUUAUUUUAUUUUAUUAGCUCUCCGUCUUUGUUGAUACCCAGUCUGUUUUCGUGUGAUAAAGCUUAAUGAUAUGUAUUGUUGCUUUGAAUUUUAAAACCAUAUGUAUUCAAUGUUCGAUGAAAUCACUUUUUUGAAUUUUUGAAAUGUAUUUUCCGCUGAAGACAUUUUUAAAAAAAUGUAGGACAUUGAAUUAAAGAAGAGAAACACCAUAUGUAAAUUGAUGUUAACCUUUGAAAAUAAACAGGGUGUCUGUGCAUCCUAUGGAAGUUGUCAA